AUGGACGCAAAGAAGGUAUAUUUAAAAGUAUAUAAUCUUUCAAUGGUAGUUGGAUGGACAUUCAUCCUUAUUACUUAUUUCCUUAAAGCAUUAGAAACUGGUUUUGAUGCACCAUUGAUGUACCCACAUGUAAGAAUUGCUUUAAUGAUCUUCCAGUAUGGUGCUAUUCUUGAAAUUUUCCAUGCUAUUACUGGUCUUGUUCCAAGUCCACUUGGAACAACAAUUACACAAGUUUUCUCAAGAGUAGUAUUAGUUGCUGUUCUUGAAUAUAUUCCAGAGAGUCGUGCUCUUGGAUUCCUUCUUUUAGGAUGUGCUUGGUCUGUCACUGAAGUGAUUAGAUAUUCAUUCUACUCAUUCAAGUUAUUUGGAUUACCUGUUCCAUACCCAUUAUUAUGGUGUAGAUAUUCAUUCUUCAUUGUGUUAUACCCAAUGGGUGUUUCAGGUGAAGUUAUUACGCUUUUUAAAUCACUUCCAUAUUUCAGAACUGUUACUGUAUUUGGUUUAUUCCCAGUAUCAUAUAUAAUCUGGGCACUUAUCCUUUAUUAUAUUCCAGGUCUUUACAUGUUAUAUACUUACAUGUUAAGCCAAAGAAAGAAAGUUCUUGGCAAAAAGAAUGAGAAUAAACCAGUUGAAGCUUUGAACAAAAAAGAAAACUAA